AUGGCUCAGCAACGGGUUCAUAUCAAUCCGAAUCAAAUCCCCGGGUAUCGUCCUACCCCGAUGCAAACCUACAUGCCCGAUCCAGUCGGCCGACGAUCAGGUGCAGGCGGAGUUGGCUCCGGUUUUGACCAGGGUCAAAGCGACUUCAUGAGCCGGGUCAAGAGGUUCAGUAGCCGGAUGGAGGACAUGAUGGAAGCCUAUACUCAACCUGUCAAGCCGUAUAUCCCGGCACUCGCUAGAUUCCUCAUCGUAGUGACGUUCAUUGAGGACGCGCUCCGUAUCUUGACCCAGUGGAGCGAUCAGCUGUGGUACUUGCAAAAACACCGACACUUCUACUGGGGCUUCUCGCACAUGUUCCUCCUCUUCAACGUGCUCGCCAUGAUCGCGGGAUCUUACUGCGUGAUCGCCAAGAAAUACCCAGAAUACGCCGUCGGAGCUCUUCUCAGCGUAGUAGUCGUCCAGGGUCUUGGAUACGGUUUAAUCUUCGACAUGUCCUUCUUCCUCCGAAACCUCUCUGUUAUCGGCGGUCUCUUGAUGGUGCUGUCCGACUCGCUGCAGACCAAGAAGAAGCUGUUUGCUGGGUUGCCUAGUAUGAGCGAGACCGAUCGAAGGAAAUACUUCCAGCUCGCCGGAAGAGUCCUCUUAAUCUUCCUCUUCAUCGGAUUCGCCUUCCAGGGCAAAUUCACCCUCUUCCGAGCCAUCGUCUCCCUCCUGGGUCUGGCCGCUUGCAUCAUGGUUGCCGUCGGUUUCAAGGCCAAGUGGAGCGCCAGCCUGCUCGUCACCGUGCUAAGCGUCGCCAACGUCUUCGUCAACAACUGGUGGUCUCUGCACCCUUCGAACCCUUCCCUUGACUUCAAGCGAUACGAUUUCUUCCAGACGCUAUCGAUCGUUGGAGGUCUUUUGCUCCUGGUCAACCUUGGACCCGGAGGCAUCUCGGUGGACGAGAAGAAAAAGGCGAGUCACUGGCGCUCCUUGUCGCCGCUGUUAUUUACUAAACGAGACUGGUAA